AUAGAAUCUCGAAUAAGAUGCUUGAACGUGUCGUUAUUUGCUGGGGCGUGACGGAGAUGUCACAGCCGAGCUCAUCUUGGGUUCCGCUAGAUAAGGUCCGUCGCCGUCGACGUCUAGCAAGCCCCCUCUUCCGUGCUCUCUCUCCGCCAACGCCGAGGGAGUUUUGCAGCAAGGGUCGUCGAUGGCUUCGAUUCUUUCCCCGGCUCCUGGAAAUGUGGGGGUACUGAGGAGCAUCGACGAUAAGGUCUGUGUCGGACUGAGGCCGCUGGCGCCCAGGACCUGCGUCGAUGUUAGGAGGGGAAGCAAGGCGAGGCCUUUUUCAGUCGUCCGGGUAAGCAACGACCAAGAUGUUUCGGUGAAAAGCUCGGGCUUGAGCAUCGAGGAAUGUGAGGCUGCAGCUGUCGCCGGGAACUUCCCUGAUCCUCCGCCGCUUUAUAAGCCACAGGGCCCUGCUGGAACACCAGUUGUUAACCCACUUUCGCUUACUAGGCGGCCCCGCCGGAACAGAAAAUCGCCUCAACUAAGAGCUGCUUUCCAGGAGACAACUCUGUCGCCCUCUAAUUUCGUCUAUCCACUUUUCAUUCACGAAGGUGAAGAGGAUGUACCAAUUGGGGCUAUGCCUGGAUGCUUUAGAUUGGGAUGGAGACAUGGCCUUAUUGAAGAGGUUUACAAGGCACGCGAUGUUGGUGUUUACAGCUUUGUGCUCUUUCCAAAAAUUCCUGAUGCCUUGAAGUCUCAAGCAGGAGAUGAAGCAUUUAAUGACAAUGGUCUAAUACCUAGAACAAUACGUCUUCUCAAGGAUAAAUACCCAGAGAUAGUCAUUUACACCGACGUUGCACUGGAUCCUUAUUCCUCAGAUGGGCAUGAUGGAAUUGUGAGGGAAGAUGGUGUUAUUAUGAACGAUGAAACAGUGUAUCAGUUAUGCAAACAAGCAGUUUCACAGGCCCGUGCAGGUGCUGAUGUAGUUAGCCCCAGUGACAUGAUGGAUGGUCGUGUUGGUGCCAUUAGAGAAGCACUUGAUGCUGAAGGAUUUCAUGAUGUGUCCAUAAUGUCAUACACCGCCAAGUAUGCCAGCUCCUUUUAUGGUCCCUUUAGAGAAGCUCUAGACUCAAACCCACGCUUUGGAGAUAAAAAAACUUACCAGAUGAACCCUGCAAACUAUAGAGAGGCCCUGGUAGAAGUCGGAGCUGAUGAGGCUGAAGGAGCAGAUAUCCUGUUGGUAAAGCCUGGCUUGCCUUAUUUGGAUGUCAUACGUCUUCUUCGUGAUAAUUCUGCUUUACCAAUAGCUGCUUAUCAGGUCUCUGGUGAGUAUUCAAUGAUAAAGGCUGGUGCUGUUCUAAAAAUGAUUGAUGAAGAAAAGGUCAUGCUGGAGUCGCUGCUGUGCCUCAAAAGAGCUGGUGCAGACAUCAUCCUCACCUAUUUCGCUCGUCAAGCUGCAACUGUUUUGGCUGGCAUGAAGGGAAAAUAGAGCAACAACCACCACCUCAUUUUGCAGGUACAGUAGGAGACGUCUUUCAGCGUUGUGUUAUGUAUUCCUACAAUCUUGAAUAAACAUUUCGAUACGGCCCAGUGUAAUGCAAUAGAGCAGACAUACAAUCUUGAAUAAACAUUUGUGUUUAUGACUUUGUAAGGGAGGUUAUUUUUCUGAUAUCUUCAUCCGUCAAACCCUUUAACAA